UAUUUCUAGGAAUAACAAACUUCCGAAGAUAAACCACCACACCCUGUGUAUCCAAAAUUCCAGUGGCUAAAAAUCAAUCUUUGUGAAAGAAUCGGGAAUUGGCAUCCCACAGAACAUGAAAACAUGGAAGAGCAUUACUUGAUUCAUUUUGGGGGGAACUUUCAUUAUCCAAGAACUUUUCAAGUUCACUGUCGAGGAAGAAUUUUGUUUGAACAAAACAAGAAGAAGAAAAAUUUACAGUUUUUCUUCAUCCUCUUAGUACUUGAAAAGCCUUGGAUAAUAAUAAUAUGGCCGUGGAAGAGACGGUAAAUGCAGAAAAGGAAUCCCCUAGAGGGGUAUUGAAGAAUCCUGGGGUUGGAUCAGAUUCAGAUAGCAACAGUUGCAGCACAUUUUCAAGCUUUCCAAUUCCUUCCCAAAAGAACAUUAACUUUGAUUUUAAUGGUUUUCAAUUUAAGCAAAUAUUCGGAGCCAUCAAGAAGAAAACGCCCAUAAAUUUCUCAAUCUUUCCUUUGGUCACCACCUAUGAGGUUUCCAGGAAGACCGUGAUGAAGAAAAUUGCAAAACUUUAUGGCUCCGAGGUUGAUGAUGAGUGCUGCAUCCCCAAUGUUAAACCUUCAUGGAAGAAUUUUACUUGCGCUGAGCUUGCUGCUGCUACCGAUAAUUUCAGUCCCGAUAAGUUGCUUGGGGAAGGGGGAAGUGCACAAGUAUACAAAGGGACGUUAUCUGAUGGUCAAGUUGUUGCGGUGAAGAAGUUCAUCAAGAAUGACAACGAAAAUGAAGAGAGAGACACUGAUUUGCUGUCAGAACUUGGGAUUAUUACUCAAAUUAAUCACCCUAAUGCAGCACACUUGAUCGGUCACAGCAUCGAUGGAGGCUUGAUUUUAGUCCUUCAGUUUUCCCCCCAUGGCAGCCUUGCUUCUUUGCUUUUUGGUUCAAAUGAGGGCCUUGAUUGGAAGAAAAGGUUUAAGGUAGCUCUUGGUGUAGCGGAAGGAUUGAAAUAUCUCCAUCAUGAAUGUCCGAGGCGAAUCAUACAUCGAGACAUCAAAGCAUCCAACAUAUUGCUCACCGAAGAUUACGAAGCUCAGAUAUCGGAUUUUGGCCUGGCAAAAUGGCUCCCGGAGAAUUGUCAACACCAUGUGGUAGAUCACAUUGAAGGAACAUUCGGGUAUUUAGCACCAGAGUAUUUUAUGCACGGCAUUGUUGAUGAAAAGACCGAUGUAUUCGCAUUUGGAGUUCUAUUACUUGAGAUUGUAACAGGUCGUCGCGCCGUCGAUACGUUGUCGAGACAAAGUCUUGUCAUUUGGGCAAAACCGAUGCUUGAAUUGGAUGAUGUUAAAAGGUUGGUGGAUCCCCUACUUGGAGACAAUUAUGAUCGAACUGAAAUGAAACGUGCAAUGUUAAUAGCUUCACUGUGCAUCAGCCACUUAGCUUCCAUGCGACCGAGUAUGCAAAAGGUUGUAGAGAUCCUUAAGGGCGAAGAACAAGAUGCUGCAGAGUAUCAGCCGAAGAGUUUUGGAGAAGAAGCAAUAAUCAUAGACGAUUGUGAGGCUCAAGUUUAUAAUAGAAGCAGCUAUCAAAAUGACUUGAAUCGUCAUAUGCAGCUGGUUAUGGAGUAAUGGAUGCUUCAUGUUGCUUCUGUUUCUGUUAGUUGUUUUGUGAGAAAUUCAAUCCAAUAGAGAGUGCCUUGCACUUGCAGGGUGGAUAAA